AAAGUAUAUACUGACAUCAUAGCUUAUUGACGAAAGAGCUGUUGCAAAACUGCCAACCCUUACUACCUACCUAGGUAGCCACUAGCUAGGUAGUAGGUAGCCUAUACUAGGCUACCUAGCUACUAGCUAAGCUACUAUCUAAAUUUAGUUAAUAGCCACCAAGGUACCUGCCUAGAUAGCUAUUAGGUGACCUCAUACCAGCAUAAUCUUUUUCGACUCGCACAGCCUGUGGUUUACCUAUAGGGCUAGCUAUACCUAGCUAUUUAGGUAUUAGGCCUAUCGUUUAUUGUGUGCUUGCAAAAACCGUUCAAGGGCUCAAAGAGCUUUACUACCUACUACCUAGUAGGUAUUGUACUACCUAGCCAAGGUAUACCUAGGUAGUAAAAUUGCAGAAGGCUGUUCAUGGCUUGUUUAAAAACUGAUGAAAGACUUCUUUUAAGCACGGAUGCAUCUUAAGUUGAAACUGAAUACGUAUAAGUAGGUAUACCUACUAUAGGUGAAGUGUUUUUUAAAUCAUGCCCAUGGCAAAGAAUAUUUGCAAACUACCUUUGGAGUUUUGCCAGUUUUCAUCCCCAGUUGGGACCAUAAAGGUGUCAUCUUGCUCUGUUGGUCUUCAUGAAAUGGGGUUGGAUAGCAGUCUUUCUGAUGAAAACUUUGCACCAAAUGGAUUAACUGAUGUUCUUGUUAUGGGAGCAAAGGGAAAAGACCUAUCAACAAUUAUGAAACUGUGUCAUGAAUGGUUGCAGCAGUACUUUAGAGAUCCUAAGCUGAUUUCUCAAAUUCUAAGACCAGAUAUUUGUGCUCUCAAACAGGAAAAAAAGGGGUUUCGUGCUCAAGUUUGGCAGAUACUUGCAGAUACAGUAGGACCUGGAGAGGUGAUUACUUAUGGUGCUUUAGCAUCAAAACUUAAUAAUCCUGGUGCAGUGAGAGCUGUUGGGUCAGCUAUGCGUAACAAUCCUACGGGUAUCAUUGUUCCAUGUCAUAGGGUUGUGCGUUCAAAUGACAUGGGUCUCUAUCAUGGUGGAAAAAGACAGUCAGUCAAGUUAUGGUUACUUAAACAUGAAGGAGUUGAUAAAUACUGAAAUCAUGAAAAAAUUACAAGAAGUUGUAAUUGAAAAAUGUGAAUUUGGUCUAUCUAUAGAGGAAUGACUCUUAUAGUUUAAUUUUUUAUUGUGUCAUUGAAAUCUGUUUAGUAUUAAAAAGUACAAGAACUAAAGAUUUGAUUUGAGACAUGUAAAAGAUUGUCUUGUUGUAAAGUAUAGUAAAAUUAUUAUUUUUUUACAGUUUGAAAUAUGGUAUGCAGUGUACAGUAUUUUCUAAUAAAAGGAUUGGUUUUGUCA